AUACUAAUUUGUGAAUUCUCCUCCCUCCGUGUAAAGGUAUGAAUUUAGUUUCCACAUGUAUGGAAAUGAUCAGUGAGGCUUAACCCUCACCAGUGUCUCAACUUAGGAAAGGCAGAGGCAAAUCUCGAUAUAGUCACAUCAAAUUUGUUAGCGGUAACUGUAACAAUGAAACAUUUUCUUCCUUCCCUGUGUCUGCUGGGAUCUCUUCUUCUGCGUGCCUUGACUCAAUGCCCCGUCCACACCUCAGAGUUUCAGCUGGAAGGAGAUUAUUUGAUAGGCGGACUUUUUGAUGUUCAUCAUGUCGAUGGCCCUGUUUAUCAUGACCGACCAGAAGCCAUCGACUGCGCCAGUGAAAACUUAACUGAAUCAAGUUAUCGGAGGUUUCAGCUGAUGAGAUUCUCUGUAGAGGAAAUCAACAACUCUACCAACCUACUGCCAAAUGUAUCUCUUGGCUAUGAGAUAUUUGACCACUGCUCAGAUAUACAGAACUUUCCAGGAAUUUUGAAUCUCAUCUCAGUCAAUGGCUUGAUCCAACCUUGGGGUGAACCACAGAAGAAUCUGUCCAGUGUGUCCAAAGUGAUAGCGGUGGUCGGCACCUAUACAAGCACUGAGACACUGAGUGUGGCUCCACUAUUCAUGAUGAAUCUCAUUCCUAUGGUCAGUUAUGGAGCCGCUACCUCUGUCUUUUCAAGAAAACAGAAUUUUCCCUCUUUCUUCCGAACAGUACAUCCGAAUAAAGAUGUCAUAGAAGUGAUUGUUAACAUCAUACUGCACUUCAACUGGCGCUGGGUUGCUUUCCUUAAUGUUGAUGAUGAUUAUGGCAACGAUGGGCGGUAUUUGUUCAUAAAAAAGAUUAAGGACACUGAGAUCUGCCUGGCGUACACCAAAGGUCUCAAUCAUGAUACAGAUUACUCCCAAAUAUUCAGACAGAUAGAGGCACAGAGGGUACAUGUCAUUAUUGUUUUUGCUCCUGAAUGGACUGCUGAACCUCUCAUCGAGUCAGCAAUACAACUAAAUGUCACCAACAAAGUGUGGAUAGCAGGAGACGCCUGGUCCUUAAACAAGAAGCUCCCCAAGGAGAAAGGAAUCAGAAAUAUUGGAACUGUGCUUGGAGUCUCUGAACCAGCCGUGACGAUACCUGGUUUCAGUGAUUUUAUUUAUUCCUUAAAAAGCCAGACUCACUGUGAAAAUGCAGGACAGCAGUUUUGUAAUCAGAUUUGCAACUGUAGUAACCUGAGUCAAGAAGAUAUCUUUUCUGCAGACCCAUCUUUCUCUUUUCCUGUUUAUUCUGCCGUAUAUUCCAUCGCUCAUGCCAUACACAAUGCUUUGCAAUGUGGAGCUGGCACAUGUAAUGGCAAUAUUACACUGUACCCACACAUGGUUCUAGCAGAACUGAAGAAGUCAAACUUUACACUUCUAAAUCAAAGUAUUCAGUUUGAUGAGAAUGGUGACCCCAAGUUUGGAGCCUAUUCCAUAGUUUUCUGGAACCACAGCGGUGACGCAGAGGAGGUCGGCAUUUAUAAAUUUCACCCAUCAUUCCAUUUCUUCAUCAACAACAGCAAAAUUCAGUGGUACACGAAAGGAAAAGCACCUACUUCAGUGUGUUCCCCAGAAUGUCCUGUGGGACAUGCAAAAAAGCCAGAUGGAAUCCACGAAUGCUGCUUCAAUUGUGAAAUCUGUCUGAAUGGAACUUAUGUCAACAGCACAGAGGAUCCCUACAAGUGCAUCAACUGUAAGGAGACAGAAUGGUCUGCAGAAGGAAGUACAUCAUGCAAUCUGCGGGUGGUGGAGUACACCCCAUUCACAGACAGUGAGGCUAUACUGAUCAUGGUCGGGGCCUGGGCCCUGGUGGGCCUCACACUAGCCAUGUCUGUUCUCUUUGCCAUCAACUACAACACCCCUAUUGUCAGAUCUGCUGGGGGACCCAUGUGCUUCCUAAUUUUAGGCUGCCUCAGUCUGUGUAGUCUUAGUGUGUUCUUUUACUUUGAUAAGCCAACAGUUUCUUUCUGUAUCUUAAGGCUCUUACCAUUCAUUUUGUUCUACACUGUCUGUCUGGCAUGUUUUGUUGUGCGAUCCUUUCAAAUUGUUUGCGUUUUCAAAAUGGCUGCCAAGUUCCCCAAACUCUACAGUUGGUGGAUAAAAUAUCAUGGACAAUGGCUGGUCAUCACUGGGGCUUUUGUUAUUCAGGCACUCUUUCUUCUCAUUGGCUAUUCUUGUGGAGCCCCCAAGCCCUACAAUGAAACACUUCGGUACCCAGACAAAAUAAUACUGAGCUGUGACAUGGGUCUGAAAGCAAACUCUGGUUCUGUGAUUUUACUUGUGUCUUUGUGCUCCCUUUGCUUCAUUUUCUCCUACGUGGGAAAAGACCUCCCAAAAAAUUACAAUGAGGCCAAAGCAAUAACAUUCUGCCUGCUCCUGCUGAUCCUCACCUGGAUCAUCUUCUUUACCGUGCACGUGCUUUACUGUGGAAAGUACAUCCAAACUCUUAACGCUCUUGCAGUACUCUCCAGUCUCUUCUCCUUUCUGUUGUGGUAUUUCCUCCCAAAAUGUUACAUCAUCAUUUUUCAACCCCACAAAAACACACAGCAGUACUUCCAAGGUCUCAUUCAGAAUUACACAAAAACAAUUAGCCAGUAGCAGCUCACUGUAAUUAUGUGUCACUGUAGACAGAGGAACCAUUGUGCUUCAGGCCUUCUUGUCAAAAAGAUACAUAUACUAAAUUAAAUCUUUGUCUUGUUCUUUUGGUGUAACCUAAAUGUGUUACAACCAAAUUUGACUAGUUGCUUGGUUGUUCUACUGAGUAAUGUAUUAAUGAGGGAUGCAUUCAUACAGUUAUUUAGUUAGGGAUGGUUGGCAUCUCAUAGCCCUACUCUCAACAUGCUGAUGCAGGUGUAAUGUUUAGCCUGACAGAAUGCUAGAAUUGGCUAAUUAGCACUAAACAGUGCAACUAGGAAUGUCUUUACCAAGCAAUUUAGUCAUAAACCAACAAAUUAAAAUUUUUACCAGAUGAUGGCACUAGAUGAACAGUUGUAAGCGAUCACCAAAGUAAUUAAAAUUCUUCCUGAGGUGUACAUCGAUGUUGAAACUGAAAUUCAUUCAAUCCAUCCAACGGUUGUUGAGACAUUUCACUCGAAACCAAAAGUUUUCAAUUAUUCUGUGAAACAUCUCAAAAUCGAUUUUGAGUGAUUAGCCCAAUUUUUUUUUUCACUCGUUCAUUUUUUUCAAAUGUCAUGGUUCCUGAACAAUGAAUCCCAUUACUUGGUGAUCAUCUGACAUUUUCUCUAGCACCACCCUGAGGUUAACAUUUGGUGGUUUUGAGUGAAAUGUCUCAGCAACAAUUAAAUGGAUUGGCAUGACAUUUGGUAAAAACAUUCAUGACCCCAUCAGGAUGAAUUGUAAUGACUUUUUCUUAAUUUAUCAUCUAGCACCAUCAUCUGGUCCAGAGCUGGCUGCUGGCAUAAGUAGUUCCAUCCUCUUUAAGUGAGUUCUACCACUUUAAUAAAGCUUGUAAUUAUGACACACCUGUUGUGAGAAUGUUUUUUAGUUAGACACCUGGAGUCAUCUGUUUUUUUGAUGCAUCACAUAUGACAGCCAGUAUCUGUAUGGAUUAUUUACAUCUUUCAACACAGUAUCAGAAUCUGACAGUAAUGAACCUCCUGUGCUUCUUCUGCACAGUUGUGAGCUGUUUCACACUUAUUGUGAGUUCAUUCAAGUCAGUUUAAGUAAAUAGCGGCAUGGUUGUUAUUGUCAUUGUAUUUACAGUAGUAGCAUUGUUGUGCACAUGUAUACGCUCAUAUGACUAAUGCAACCUUUUAAUCAAGAAAUUAAACAUAUAUAGUCAACAGACAGUAAUAAUGAAAAUAUGUUUUUUGACUGUUUUCUAAAUGAUAUUAGUUCACAUCAUGUACACACUGACAGUUUGUCUCUCCAGAAUUGUAAAAAUUAAGUUCAUGCCCUUGAAGUCUUAUAUGGGAUGCUGUAUAAUCAAGUUGGGAAGAUUUAUAUUGAUAUGUAAUGUUCAGUAUAUUAACAUUAAUAUAGCACUUAUAUACGCUACUACUAUAUAUAAAUAUUCAGGCUAGUGUACAUUAUUUUACUUCCAAAAGAAAAACAGUCUCCGGAGGGUCAGCUUGGACUCUUCUCUCAGCACAUUCAACUGCUUCCUGAUGUCAUGUGACUGACUAUUAAGCAAAUUCUGGAGGUCUGCAAACCUCACUGUUAUCAUUAUUAUUUUUAAAUAAAAAUUCUGAAGAAGGUGCCACUCUCAAUCUAAUCGACAUUUGAAUUGGUCCAAUACUUUAAUCUAUGACUCCUUAAACUAAUGACAUUCACACAGGCCUUGGCUGUACUGUGUGUUUGGUGCUAAUUAGCAUAUGUUAGCAUGGUAACACACUAAAAUAAGAUUGUGAACAUGGUAAACAUUAUACCUGCUUAGCAUCAACAUGCAAAGAAGGAAAUGAAGACUCAGUUAUUACAAAACCGACACUUCUAAAAUGUUGAA